AUGCCCGUCAAUGAUGCAUCUAACUAUGUGUGGUCAAAUAACUUUGUGGGAGGAUGUUUCCAAAUGACCAAGGCCAAGCAAUGCAGACCAUGGGGUUUUGUUCCACAGAAGCUUGACCAGUCUCUGUAUGGUAUGCCAGUCUCCAGCAGCAGAGCACAGAUGAAUCAAUAUUCUCAGUUCCAAGGGAUGCCUAGUGAUAGCACUGAUGUGAUGACUAAGGCAGGUGGGAUCCAAGCAGAAAAGGUGUCAAUUCAUUCAGAUCCGCUUAAUUCUUUUCAAAGUAGUCGGGGUAUUCCUGAACAAGCUUGUUUGCAGGAUAAUAUUUCAAUUUCUACACACAGCUUUCAGGAAAAACGUUUGUUUGGGAAUGCUUCAGUGCAGAGGGUAAGUAGUGGUGCUGCAUCAGGCAAUCUUCAGCAAAUGAAUCAUUUGCAGCGCGGUGUUCAGCUUCAGAAUUUUCAAGGUACUCAGGAGCAAGCUGAUUUGUCUGGUAACUUGCAGGAAAAACCAGCACAAGUAGGACUUUCUUCUGAUGAGGCUAGUCUAGAUCCAACAGAACAGAAGCUCUUAUUUGGUACUGAUGAUGAUGACAACUGGGGAUUUUCUUUUGGAAGGAAUGUUAACUCUUGCACGGGAGGCUAUCUGCAUGGAAAUUCUUCGGACAAUGAUUAUAUUGGUGCAUUUUCAUCUGUCCAGAGUGGCAGUUGGAGUGCCCUUAUGCAGGAGGCUGUCCAAGUUUCCAGUAGUGAGAAGGGACUUCAGGAAGAAUGGAGUGGCUUGAGUUUCCACAAAACAGAAUCCUCUACUAGAAACCAUUCAACCGUAUCUAAUGACAAUGGGAAGCCGCAAGUAACAUGGGAUGACAAUAACCUGCAGAGUGCACCUUAUUUAUCUUCAAGACCUUUGCCUUUGUUUAACAAUGCUGAUGCAAGCAUAAGCCAUUCUACUGCCCCUGGUUUUCAGCAUUCAUUUACAUCAGCAUAUGAACAAAAUGACAGGGUACCAGCUGAAGCUUCUUCCCAUGAGUCCUUUCAGCAGUCAACUAGAGAAACACAGGACAAACAGUCUCUUCAUAACCACAAUCAGAAGCAAUUUCUGGAGGGUGUCCUCCAUGCACAAAUGCAAACAAAUAAUGGUGUUGGGACUGGGCAAACACUUGGGCAGCUGGAGAACAAUUCAUGUUAUGCAACAGUGGAGUCCAAAUCGCAUAACAUGCAGGGUGUCUGGACUCACCAACAAAACAUGCCUUUGUUGAAUACUACUAGUCAAUCAAGUAACAAGCCAAAUAGCUGGAACAUCACAGAUUCACUUGGUAACAAUGAUGACACUAAGUAUGGUGAGAGCAAUAACGCAAACAGAAUCAUGGAUGUCGAAAGGUGUUAUGAUGGCAGUAUGUGGAAGGUUGGUGGAAAUCAAGUGACUCCGAUGGGUGGACUGGAGCCAAUGAAAUCUGAUAUUAGUAGUCCCCAGAUGCAAAGUGACACUUCUUUCACGGGCAGUGUAGCUGCUGUUAUGAAUUCGGGUACUUUGAGAGUGAAUCAGGAAAUGAAUCAGCAUCUAGUUAAUAGACAUCAGAUUGAUCGUGGAAAACAUGUUGCCCUUGAUUCCUUUAUAAAUUCUGCAAGUAAUGUAAAUGCGGAAGGAAACCAGUAUAAUAAAAGCAGCAGAUCACAAGCGUGGGAAUCAACCAUAAAUAACACCGGAAAAGAAUUGGUCGAAACCUAUGACAGCAAGCACGAGCAUCCAAAAACAGUUUCCAAUGAAGAAUAUAUGUCAAACCAUUUAAAUUUUGGGCAGCAUAGCAGUGGUGGAGGUGCUGCAAGAGAGAGCUCCUUGUUAACUGAAAAUGACACCCGUGCUUUGGUUAGUGGCAGCCAAAAAUCAUUUAGUCACUCUGAGCAACGAACUCCUGGUUCCCACAGGCUUCAAUAUCACCAAAUGGGAAGUAUGGGGAUCAAUGUCCAACCUUCUAUCCUUCAGUUGCAGGCAUCAUAUCCUCAGGGUCUGCCUCAGUCAGUCAUCCGAGGAUCAAAUCAUGAGCAAAGAUAUAUUGGGUACUCACAGUUUGCUGGCCCAGUUGUUUCGAACAAUGUUAUUGGUAUGGCAAAGGGAAACUUUGCUAGUGUACAGAAAAAUUCAAAAGGAGCCGAGGACAUACAAUCUAGAGCUACUGUACCUAGAUAUGACUCAACUGGAUCUAAUUCCUUCGGUGGAUCAGCUGCUCUAAAUUCCCAGAAUAAAGGAAUUGGUCAAACAAGUCAGGAAAUGCUUGAGCUUCUUCACAAGGUGGACCAGUCAAGGGAUGGCAAAGCUAUUGCUGCAUCUGAUGUACCCGAAGCAGCUGCUUCUGAUAUCUGUGCUUCUCAUCCUCAAGUUAUUCAGUCUUCUGCCUCGCAAGGUUUUGGAUUACGAUUGGCCCCACCAUCACAACGGCAGCCAGUUUCAAACCAGCCUUCUCAGACUUCCUUACGUGAUUUUAGUAGUAGGCAACUUGACCAUGUGAGAGGGACUAAGGAUCGAACAUGGUUAGCUUCUACAGCUUCAGUUCGACCUCUGCCUCAUGAAGCAUCUCAAAUAGAAAAUUGGGACACUAGGUGCAGUGUAUCUGGACAGACAUGCAUGGAAACAUCAACAUCGUAUAGUCAGGUCAACUCACCGGCAGCAGCUGCUUCAGAUCUUUCUCAAACGGGAAUUCAGUUCCAACAGCAGGAGCAGCAACACCACAUAUCUGGAGCAUCUGGAAAUAAAACAGUGGGGCAAUCUGCAAAUUUUUCUCUUGGCAAUCAAGCUAAUGUAAAUUCAUUUGCUAAAAAUGUUCCUCUUCUUGGACAGCCACGUGAAUCACAUGACAGAGCUAUGGCUGAUCGAUCUUUCCAGACAUCAGUGCCUAAUCUGGCUGGAAGAAUUCCAUCUUCCAGGCUUUCUUCCUCUGCUGAUACUCAUGCACCUGCUGCUUCAUCAUUUUAUUCAGCACAGACAGAUCAUUCCCAACCAAUGGAUGCAGGCUUUUCUCGUACUAGAAGUUCAGGCCAGCCACUCCCUGUAGUAGAACCUGGAUCAGGGUCACAACCUUCUACAUCAGGGAUGCCUCAGCAAGCUGGCUUCUCAAAAAUGUCGCAUCAUGUAUGGACAAAUGUACCAGCUCAACAUCUAGCUGGUGUCCAGCCUCACAAUCUUACUUCUGCUAUAUUUCAGUCCAUGAGUUUAUCAAAUAAUAGGCAUACUGGAUUGUGGGGCCUGCAGAAGGUGGAUGAUCAAAAACAUAGGGGAGAAAAUGUUCCAUCUGAGUCUGGUACAUGUUAUGUCAAAUCACAACAAGCCACUGAAGGAGAGGAACAUGCAGUCAUGGAUGGUUCCUUGCAACAAGUACCUUGCGAGAGGGUGGAUGUUGCUACUAAGGCAGGCGAUGUAUCUCAAGGGCAAGAACCAACACAAAAGCAUCUGUUAGAAGGAAGUUCUGCUGUUUCCAUUUCAUCCUUGGUCCGUCUGCAUCAGCAAGAUGCCAGCAAGGGAAAACAUGGGCAGGACUCAGCACAUAACCUACAGACAGUAUGUGUUCCUCACGCAAAUGCUGCUUCUUCUAGCAGUGAUGUUGGGUUGCAUGGGCGCACUUCAAAACCUUCAGAAGUUCAACAGCAAACUUACUCUCUACUGCAUCAGAUGCAAGCCAUGAAGGGUGCUGAUUCUGAUCCAAGCAAGAGGGUUGGGAAAAGGCUUAAAGGGGCAGAUUUUGGUUCUGAUGCUUUACAGAUGGACUGGAAAGCAGGUCAAGGCAUUGUUUGUGGACAGAAUGCGGUCUUCAGGGUUCCUGCAGAUAAUGAAUUGGGUGCAGCUUCACACAGUUCCUUCUCAUCAGAUGUCAAAAUGCUAAGCUUUGCUUCAAGGGAUAAUGAAGAGAGAAGUGCGAGCGCAUGUUCCCAGCUCCCCGGUAGAGAAGCUUCUUCUCAGGAUGUACGUGUUGUGGGAUGUCAUGAUCUUCAAACUCACAUGCACUCUCUUACUAAAUGUUCUCCAUCAGAUUUAAUAGGGGGAAGCGAGCGCCCACAGAUUAGUCCUCAGAUGGCUUCCUCCUGGUUUGAACAGUAUGGAACCUACAAAAAUGGUCAGAUUCUUGCAAUGUAUGAUGGCCAGAGGAGUGUGAAACCUGCCACGCAGCAGUAUUAUUUCCCAAAAGUUUCUGGGAGCAUGGAUAGUGGUACUGAAGUGGCUCAAAGAAUGGAUACAAGUCAGGUUGGCGAUCUUGGGCGAAGCACAUUAGCCACAACUGUAGCUGCCAGUGAAUCUUCUCCUAGUUGCCUGCCUUCUAAUGUCAUGGACCAUGAUAUGGUUCCAAGACUGAAGAAGCGUAAAAGUGCAACAUCAGAGCUUCUACCAUGGCAUAAAGAGGUUGCACAAGGUUCACGAAGGCUGCAAACUAUCAGCAUGGCAGAGCUGCAUUGGGCUCAAGCUUCUAAUAGGUUAACUGAAAAGGUGGAGGAUGAAGCUGAAAUGUUAGAGGAUGGUUUGCCAGUGCCUCAACCAAGAAGAAGACUAAUCCUUACAACUCAGCUAAUGCAGCAGCUUCUUCCGGCCAUACCUGCUGCAAUUCUUAAAGCAGAGUCCCCUUCAGCUUAUGAAAGUGUGACAUACUGUGUUGCUAAAUCAGCACUAGGAGAUGCAUGCAGCUUGAUUGCUUCCUCAGGAUGUGAUUCUUGUGUGCAGUUAGACAAGGAAAAGAUGAUAUCUGAAAAACAUAGGACUUCGGAGAAAGUGGGAGACAGCAUUUACUCAAAAGUUGUAGAGAACUUUAUUGGAAGAUCGAAGAGGCUGGAAAGUGAAUUCUUAAGACUGGACAGGAGGACUUCAAUGUUAGAUGUACGGCUAGAGUGCCAGGAGUUAGAAAGGUUUUCUAUUGUCAACCGUUUAGGCAGGUUUCAUGGUCGGAGUCACACAGAUGGAGUUGAGAGCUCAUCGACUUCUGAAAAUGCGCCUCGUAGAACAUUUCCGCAAAGAUAUGUUACUGCACUUUCCAUGCCUGGAAAUCUUCCUGAGGGGGUGCUCUGUUUAUCACUCUAGAUCAUUAAUUGAUUGAUUUUUUUUCCUUUGAUCCCUGCUCCAUGCUUUUCUACUCCCCAUUUAUAAUAUGCAUAGGCACAUAGAUAAACAUGGAACAGGGGAGGCAGUAGUUACAUUCAAUAUAUAAUGUGAAGAAGCUGAGGCAACCUAUAGGGGUGCCCGCCUUUGAAAGCAGUGCCUCGUGUGUUCUUUUACCCAAAGCACAGGUCUCUGUAAAUUCAUGGAAUUAAGGAGGUUUGGUCUCGCUUCA